ACCUCGACGCAAGAGGCGGGGCUGUUUAGUCCUCGAGGCGUCGGUGCUCUGCGGUGUUGGAAUUUUGUUGCUCGUUGGCCGGUACGCGCGUGCGCGGACAUGGCCUCAAACGACUAUACCCAACAAGCAACCCAAAGCUAUGGGUCCUACCCCACCCAGCCUGGGCAGGGCUACUCCCAACAGAGCAAUCAGCCCUAUGGACAGCAGAGUUACAGUGGUUAUGGCCAGUCAGAUACUUCAGGCUAUGGCCAGAGCAGCUAUGGUUCUUAUGGACAGACCCAGAACACAGGUUAUAGCACUCAGUCAACUCCCCAGGGAUAUGGCUCAACUGGUGGCUAUGGCAGUAGCCAGAGUUCUCAGUCAUCUUAUGGGCAGCAGUCCUCUUAUCCUGGCUAUGGCCAGCAGCCAGCUCCUAGCAGCACCUCGGGAAGUUACGGCGGCAGUUCUCAGAGCAGCAGCUAUGGACAGCCCCCAAGUGGGGGCUAUGGCCAACAGUCCAGCUAUGGCGGACAGCAGCAGAGCUACGGGCAACAGCAAAGCUAUAAUCCCCCUCAGGGCUAUGGACAACAGAACCAGUACAACAGUAGCAGUGGAGGUGGUGGUGGAGGGGGUGGUGGAGGUAACUAUGGCCAAGAUCAGUCCUCCAUGAGUGGUGGCAGUGGUGGUUAUGGCAGUCAGGACCAGAGUGGUGGUGGCGGUGGCUACGGGGGAGGCCAACAGGACCGCGGGGGACGCGGCAGGGGCGGUGGCGGUGGUUACAACCGCAGCAGUGGUGGCUAUGAACCCAGAGGUCGUGGAGGUGGCCGUGGAGGCAGAGGCGGCAUGGGCGGAAGUGACCGUGGUGGCUUCAAUAAAUUUGGUGGCCCUCGGGACCAAGGAUCACGUCAUGACUCAGAACAAGAUAAUUCAGACAACAACACCAUCUUUGUGCAAGGCCUGGGCGAGAAUGUUACAAUUGAGUCUGUGGCUGAUUACUUCAAACAGAUCGGUAUUAUUAAGACAAACAAGAAAACAGGACAGCCCAUGAUUAAUUUGUACACAGACAGGGAAACUGGCAAGCUGAAAGGAGAGGCAACGGUUUCUUUUGAUGACCCACCUUCUGCUAAGGCAGCUAUUGACUGGUUUGAUGGUAAAGAAUUCUCUGGGAAUCCUAUCAAGGUCUCAUUUGCAACUCGCCGAGCUGACUUCAAUCGGGGUGGUGGCAAUGGUCGGGGAGGCCGAGGUCGAGGAGGACCCAUGGGCCGUGGAGGGUAUGGAGGUGGUGGCAGUGGUGGUGGCGGCCGAGGAGGAUUUCCCAGUGGAGGUGGUGGUGGUGGAGGACAGCAGCGAGCUGGGGACUGGAAGUGUCCUAAUCCGUGAGUGAAACUUAACUUUCUUUAGUCCUCUUAAGUGCUUUGAUAUUAUGGUA